AUGGCAACUUCCUGGGCCACUGAGACUCCACAGGACCAGAAGAGAAUUUUGGAAGUGAAGAUUGAGGAGGAUGAGGAUUACAGUUUCAGGCAAGAGUCCACCCUGCCAAAGAAGCAUCUCAAUGCCAGGGAGUGUUUCCGUCAGUGCUUCCGGCAGUUUGGUUAUCAAGAGACCUCCGGGCCUCGAGAGGCUCUGAGCAGACUCCGGGAGCUUUGCCACCAGUGGCUAAGACCAGAGAUACACACAAAAGAACAGAUCUUGGAGCUUCUGGUGCUGGAGCAAUUUCUGACCAUCCUGCCUGAGGAGCUUCAGACCUGGGUGCGAGAACACCAUCCACGGAGUGGAGAGGAGGCAGUGACUGUGCUGGAGGAUUUGGAGAGAGAACUUGAUGAGCCAGAACAGCAGGUGGGAAGAUGUACACAAGAACAGGAAAUGUCUUUGAGGGAGGUGACAUCUCUAGGAAAAACACAGCAACCUUUGAGUGUCUCCCUUUGGCCUCUGACAGUCCAGUACAAGUGUGAAUCACCAGAGCCCCAAUCCCUACAAGAGAAAGUUUCAGAUGAUGAGACCAGAAGGGAGCGUGGGAAGUUGACUUCAAAGCUGGAGAACCUUGAAAAAAUGGAAAUAAACAGGGACAUAUCUGACAAACUUAAUAAAGGAAUAUCUCCAGGUUCUGAGUGUGAAGAAAUCAAUGAGCAACAGAAGGACAAAGUAGAAGACCCCUGUGGAUAUCCCAUAGGGGAUAAACAGUCUAAUUGUGAUGAAAAUGAAAUAAGCUUCACUCAGAGCCCAAGUGUUAUUGAAAAUAAGAGAAUGUAUUCUGGGGAAAAACCUUAUGAGUGUGAUGAGUGUGGGAAAACCUUUAGUCAGAACUCUGGGCUUAUUGAACAUCAAAGAAUCCAUACUGGAGCCAGACCCUAUAAAUGUGAAGAAUGUGGAAAAGCUUUCCGUGGAAGAACUGUACUUAUUCGACAUAAAAUAAUCCAUACUGGGGAGAAACCCUAUAAAUGUGAUGAGUGUGGGAAAGCUUUUGGUCGGUGGUCAGCCCUUAAUCAACAUCAGAGACUUCAUACAGGAGAGAAACAUUAUCAUUGUAAUGAAUGUGGGAAAGCCUUCAGUCAGAAAGCAGGUCUUUUUCAUCACCUUAAAAUCCACACUAGAGACAAACCACAUCAGUGUAAUCAGUGUAAUAAAAGUUUUAGUCGCCGCUCAAUCCUUGUUCAACAUCAGGGAGUUCAUACAGGGGAAAAACCCUUUGAGUGCAGUGAAUGUGGAAAAGCUUUUGUUUACAAUUCAUCUCUUGUUUCACAUCAAGAAAUCCAUCACAAAGAAAAAUGCCAUCAAUGUAAUGAAUGUGGGAAAGCCUUCAGUCAAAGUGGCCUUAUUCAGCAUCAGAGAACCCACACUGGGGAAAAACCCUAUAAAUGUGAUGUGUGUGGGAAAGCAUUCAUUCAAAGGACUAGCCUUAUAGAACAUCAGCGAAUUCAUACUGGAGAGAGACCCUAUAAAUGUGAUCAGUGUGGGAAAGCUUUCACUCAGAGAUCAGUCCUUACUGAACAUCAAAGAAUUCAUACUGGAGAAAGACCGUAUAAAUGUGAUGAGUGUGGGAAUGCUUUCCGUGGGAUUACUAGUCUUAUUCAACACCAGAGAAUACAUACUGGGGAGAAGCCCUACCAGUGUGAUGAGUGUGGGAAAGCCUUCCGACAGAGGUCAGACCUUAGCAAACAUCAGAGAAUUCACAUUAGAGGUGGCUCAUAUAAAUGUGAUGAAUGUGGAAAGACUUUUAGUCAUAACUCAACUUUUAUUCAACAUCAGUCUGUCCAUAAUGAAGAAAAAUCUGUCUCUUUGUAAAGACUUUAGGAAAAUUUCAUCAAAAUUUAGCAUUAGGGAAGCCAUUCUGGAGUGGCUCCCAAAACAGAUUGGAGGUAAACUUUUGAUUACUGUUCUGCAGUGAUAAAUAUAAAUGCUAUGUGGAUCAAGAAGUAUGAGACAUAGGGCAGCUGGGUAGCUCAGUGGAGUGAGAGUCAGGCCUAGAGACAGGAGGUCCUAGGUUCAAACCC